AUGGCCCAUCCAUCAAGUUUCGCAAACGAUUUCCUCCAGCGGCUUGCAUCGCGACCGGCCGCUGACCACGACCUCCCAACUUUCGACUUCUUAAACGCGUCAGAUCGCGACUUGAUCGUGACCAAUAGCACACCAGAAACCUUCCAUUUGGGUACCGGCGCCUCUAUUUUCACACGCUGUCUUUUACCCGCCAUCGCCUCAGCCCAGCAUGAGGUCAUCCUCGUCACCUGUUUUUGGGCGCGGUCAAAGACCUUGACGUCUCUCAGCGAUGCCCUCACCAAGCUUGCAAUCCACCGGCAGCAACUGAUUCAAGACACAACUGCGCGGGGGUCACCUAGCAUUCCACCACUAAACAUCCGCAUCUGCCUCUCGUCUCGAUCCCUGUUCCAAAAGCUCCUACAUCCGCAAUCCCGUGAUGGCUUUAUCUACCCGCCCUCGUCAUGGGAAGCCGAACUGGGUCUACCUGACCCGAGCGUACUCGAAGCCGGCGGUAUUCACCUGCGCAUCAAAAGUCUCUUCUUUCUUCCAUUUAGCGUCAUGCACCCCAAGUUUGUCAUUAUCGACAGGCAAAAAGCAUUCGUCCCGAGUUGCAAUGUUAGCUGGGAGCCCUGGCUGGAGGGUUGUGUCGAGCUGUCAGGUGGUGCGGUUGGGGGAUUGUUUGAGUUUUACUCGCGGACUUGGGAGAUACCGAGCGAGGCUCAUACACUCCUUGUUCCGCGUCACGAUACUGCGGGUGAUGGGAGAGCGUCGAAUACGCGAGAAGCAAAUCUCCCCUUGGUCCGGAGUACCGCGGACCAGAGCAUUGCUCUCGACUCCCCCAUGCCGCUUCCAACGUUCAUACUCGGCUCUUCGCAUCACCAAAACCCACGAUUCCGUCCGUUUCCGUGGCAGAAUUCGGCUGCGCCGCCUGGAACUCCCUUGAACGUUGCCUUGUUUCAGCUCUUCGAGAAAGCACAGCAACGCAUCUACGUGCAGACACCCAACCUAACCUGCGAACCCGUCCUCGCCGCUCUUCUUGACGCUCUUACGCGUGGUGUCGACGUGACGAUUGUGACGAGCCGCAACAUGAUGGUCAUGGAGCAGCUCAUCACGGCAGGCACGACGACAGGCUGGAAACUGCGCUCGUUUAUCCGGCGAUAUCAACGGCUGAGAGCCGAUGAUGGGGGAAAGGGUGGUCUCGGGGCGAGCAAUACUGCCGACGUGGACCUUGAAGCCGGCUUAGUUGGGCGUCGACCGGGAGGCACAGCCAACACCCGGAUUGGACGGCUUCGGGUCUCGUACUUUCGCGCAAAGCAGCCCCAGGCGCUAGAUAAUGGGAGUCCCCAAGGCGGAAGAAGGCAGGAACUUGGCGGGGAUGAAGAAGUAGAAGAACCCGUGCACUCGCACUUGAAACUGACUAUAGUCGAUGGGGAGUAUGCAGUCCUCGGGUCUGGGAACCUAGACCGUGCGAGCUUUUUUACCAGUCAAGAGCUUGGCAUCAUGUUCCAAGACCGGGAGUUCUGCGCGACGGUCAAGUCAGGGGUAGACGAAGUGCUAAAUGGGCGACUAGCACUGGUGUUCGAGUCGGACGACGCGAGAAAUGAUUGA